AGGGAGGAGUCUUUCCCGCCCCUGCCGCCCCAGGGCCACAAAACUGGGCUUCCUGGAGCCAGUCGGAGAGAAGAGAGGACCUGGGCGCACAGGCCGGGGAGCUGCCCUCCGGACAUGGGCCGCCCGCUGCUGCUGCUGCCGCUGCUGCUGUGCCUCCAAACCUGCCUCCCAGUCUCACAGGGCCUGCGGUGUCUGCAGUGCCAGCGCAACGGGCUCUGCCAAGUGAAGGAGUGCGAGCCAGGCCAAGACCUCUGCAGAACCACGGUGGUGCGGGACUGGGAAGGUAGGGAGGAGCUGGAGGUGGUGGAGCGAGGCUGUGCCCACCCAGACAAGAGCAACAGGACCAUGAGUUACCGCACAGGCCACAAAAUCAUCAGCCUCAUGGAGACGGUGUGCGCCUCAGACCUGUGCAACCAGCCCAGACUCGACCCCGUUGCCACGUUUCCCAGGGGUCGAUACCUGGAAUGCAUCUCCUGCGCCUCCUCAGACCUGAGUUGCGAGAGGAGCCGGGAACAGAGCCUGCAGUGCCGCCGCCCUGAGGAGCAGUGCCUGCAGGUGGUGAGCUACCGCAGCCUGGAAGGCAGCCUAAUGUACGAGCACCACACCUACGGCUGCGGUCAGCUUCCCGGCUGCCCAGGCCCCACAGGCUUCCACAACAACCAUACCUUCCACUUCCUGAGCUGCUGCAACACCUCCUACUGCAACAGAGGCCCUGUCCUGGAACAUCACCACCUGCCACCCAACGGCCUCCAGUGCUACAGCUGUGAGGGCAACAGCACCCACGGGUGUUCCGCGGAGGAGACGUCUCUCACUGACUGCAGGGGGCCCAUGGAUCGGUGUGUGGAAGCCACGGGCACUAAUGGGCUGGGGAACCCGAGUUACACGAUCCGAGGCUGCGCCACCGUCUCCUGGUGCCACCGGCUGCACGUGGCUGAGGCUUUUGGCCUGACCCAUGUCAACCUCACUAUGUGCUGCACUGGCAGCGGCUGCAACAACGCAGCCUCAGAUGCCCAGCCCCGCACAGCGCAGGCGCCCCGGCCAGGCCCUGCACACCUCAGCCUCCUGGUCACCUCAGCGCUCCUGACCUCCACCCUAGGGGGGAUCACUCUCUUAUGGAACUGAGCCGCAGCCCUACCCCCACCCCGGGCUGGCCCUGGGGCACCACCUUGUCCAUCCCUCCACUCUAGCCCUGUUGACCCCCAGGUGCUGUGACCCCAGGCCCGUGUGCCAACCUCUCUGGGCCUGUGAGUUCCCAGCUGCCCACUGUGUAUAUGCCAGGGUUGCCCUGACAUCUGGCCAAGGGCGGGUUCUUUGUCCUGACAAUUGUUAGGGUGGCUCUGACUGUUUUUAUUAAUAUUCAUGUUAUUUAUUUUCUACAGAAAUAAAGUUUUUAUACCCUA